GUGAUUAACUGUCCACUAACGAGUUUUAGUGAGCCACUUAAACGCAACACCACCGCCCACUCCGGGCAGCUUCAUGGUAUCGCGAUACAAACCAUCAGGCCACGGAGCAAUCGUUGAGCAACAUGGCGGAAGAGGAGGUGGCCAAGCUGCAGAAGCACCUGGCCCUGCUGAGGCAGGAGUAUGUGAAGAUGCAGCAGAAGCUGGCUGAUACGGAGAGACGCUGCGCUGUGCUUGCUGCUCAAACCUCCAGCCAGGGCUCCUCCAGUCCUGCAGCUGCAGACACUUUUAUUAGCCGUCUGCUGGAUAUCGUGGCCAAUCUCUAUCAGCAAGAACAGUACAGUGAUCUGAAAGUGAAAGUUGCAGGGGAGCAGUUCUCUGCCCACAAGUUUGUGCUCGCUGCCCGCAGCGAUGUCUGGAGUCUAUCUAAUUUGGCCUCCACCUCUGAACUGGACCUAACUGAUUGCAAACCUGAUGUUGCCAUGGCGAUGCUGCGCUGGGCAUACACAGAUGAGUUGGAACUCAGUGAGGAUGAUGCCUUUCUUAUUGACCUGAUGAAACUAGCGAACCGCUUCCAGCUUCAGCUGCUGAGAGAAAGGUGCGAAAAAGGCGUCAUGUCGUCAGUGAAUGUUAGGAACUGCAUUCGCUUCUAUCAAACAGCUGAGGAGCUAAAUGCCACCACACUGAUGAACUACUGUGGGGAGAUCAUAGCCAGUCACUGGGAUGAUCUAAGGAAAGAAGAUUUUAGCACCAUGAGUGCCCAACUUCUGUACAAGAUGAUCAAAUCUAAAACAGAGUAUCCCCUCCACAAAGCCAUCAAAGUUGAGCGUGAAGAUGUGGUGUUUUUGUAUCUUAUUGAAAUGGACUCGCAGCUUCCUGGCAAACUAAAUGAACUGGACAAUAACGGUGACUUGGCACUAGACCUGGCGCUCUCCCGUAAAUUGGAAAGUAUCGCCACCACUCUGGUUAACAACAAAGCUGACGUGGACAUGGUGGACCAGAGUGGUUGGAGCCUCCUACAUAAGGCCAUCCAAAGAGGUGACGAAUUUGCUUCCAUUUUCUUGAUUCGCCACUCGGCUCAGGUGAAUGCAGCCACAGUGGGGGCUGUAGAAACCCCACUUCACUUGGUCUGUUCUUUCAGCCCCAAGAAACACUCUGUAGAGGUGAUGAGUGGCAUGGCCCGCAUUGCAGAGGCUCUGCUUAAAGCUGGAGCCAACGCUAACAUGCAGAACAGCAAGGGCAGAACUCCGUUACAUGAAGCUGUGGCAUCAGGGAAUGACGCAGUGUUCAACCAGCUACUACAGUGUAAACAACUUGACCUGGAACUCAAGGACCAUGAGGGCAGCACAGCUCUGUGGUUAGCCCUGCAGCAUAUCACCAUGUCUUCAGAUCUUUCAGUAAACCCAUUUGAGGACGAUGCACCAGUAGUGAACGGCACCUCAUUUGAUGAGAACGGUUUUGCAGCCCAGCUUAUUAAGAGAGGAAGCAACGCUGAUGCACCUGACACUGCUACAGAAAACUGCCUUAUGCAAAGAGCAGCUCAGGCAGGCAACGAAGCAGCGGCACUUUUUUUAGCCACUCAUGGUGCAAAGGUUAAUCACGUUAACAAAUGGGGGGAGAGCUCUCUUCAUACAGCAUGUCGCUGUGGGCUGGCAAGCUUAACAGCGGAGCUGCUGCAGCAAGGGGCCAACCCCAACCUGCAGACCCAGAAGGCUCUGCCUGAUGACACCCCUGGUGUGGCUAUGCAGACCCCCCUUCACAUGGCCAUUGCUCACAACCACCCAGAUGUGGUAUCUGUCAUCUUGGAGCAAAAAGCCAAUGCACUUCAUGCCACCAACAACUUGCAGAUCAUUCCAGACUUCAGUCUCAAAGACUCAUUGGACCAGACAGUUCUGGGCUUGGCCCUCUGGACAGGUAUGCAUACCAUAGCAGCUCAGCUGUUGGGCUCAGGGGCUUCUAUCAAUGACACUAUGUCCAAUGGACAAACCCUGCUUCACAUGGCCAUCCAAAGACAGGACAGCAAGAGUGCCCUCUUUCUUCUUGAACAUCAAGCUGACAUCAAUGUCAGGACCCAGGAGGGGCAAACAGCACUACAGCUGGCCAUCAGUAACCAGCUGCCACUGGUGGUAGAUGCUAUUUGUACACGGGGGGCUGAUAUGUCUGUGAUGGAUGACAAAGGAGACCCUCCAUUGUGGCUGGCUCUUGAGAAUGGCUUGGAAGAUAUCGCUUCCACACUGGUCCGGCAUGGCUGUGAUGCCACGUGUUGGAGCACAGGACCCUCUGGCUGCCAGCAGACUCUCCUGCACAGAGCUGUAGAUGAGAAUAAUGAGGUCUCUGCUUGCUUCCUCAUCCGCAGUGGUUGCGACGUAAACAGUCCAAGGCGACCUGGCCCUGGUGGGGAAGGAGAUGAAGAAGCCCGAGAUGGACAAACGCCCCUCCACCUGGCAAGCAGUUGGGGAUUGGAGGAGGUGGUGCAGUGCCUUCUAGAGUUUGGAGCUAAUGUUAAUGCACAGGAUGCAGAGGGCAGAGCUCCCAUCCAUGCUGCUAUUAGCAGCCAGCACAACGCCAUCAUACAGCUCCUCAUUUCCCAUCCAGACAUUCGGCUCAACAUUCGCGACCGCCAGGGAAUGACUCCGUUUGCUUGUGCCAUGACACACACAAACAAUAAGGCAGCAGAAGCUAUCCUCAAGAGGGAGCCAGGUGCUGCUGAGCAGGUGGACAACAAAGGGAGGAAUUUCCUGCAUGUGGCUGUUCAGAACUCAGACAUUGAAAGUGUCUUGUUCCUCAUCAGUGUCCAAGCUAAUGUCAACUCCAGGGUUCAGGAUGCUGCCAAACUCACCCCUCUCCACCUGGCCGUGCAGGCUGGCUCUGAGAUUAUCGUCCGCAACCUGUUGCUUGCUGGAGCCAAAGUGAAUGAGCUGACCAAACACAGGCAGACAGCACUACAUUUGGCAGCCCAGCAGGACCUGGCCACUAUUUGUUCAGUCUUGCUAGAGAAUGGUGUAGAUUUUGCUGCCGAGGAUGAGAAUGGCAAUAAUGCUCUGCAUCUGGCUGUGAUGCAGGGCCGCCUUAACAAUGUCAGAACCCUUCUCACCGAGUCAACCAUUGAUGCGGAGGCCUUCAAUCUCAGGGGGCAGUCACCAAUGCACGUGCUAGGCCAUUAUGGCAAAGAGAAUGCUGCUGCCAUUUUUGAAUUGUUCCUGGAGUGCAUGCCUGAAUACCCUCUGGAUAAAUUGGACAAUGAAGGGAACACAGUUCUGCUCCUGGCCUAUAUGAAAGGAAAUGCAAACCUCUGCCGUGCCAUUGUGAGGGCCGGAGCUCGACUGGGUGUCACUAAUAAUCAGGGCAUCAACAUUUUCAACUAUCAAGUUGCAACUAAACAGUUGCUCUUCCGCCUUCUAGAUAUGCUGUCCAAAGAACCCCCAUGGUGUGAUGGGUCCAACUGCUAUGAAUGUGCUGCAAAGUUUGGUGUUACAACACGGAAACAUCACUGCCGCCAUUGUGGGCGCCUGUUGUGCCACAAGUGCUCUAUAAAGGAAAUACCCAUCAUCAAGUUUGACUUGAACAAACCGGUGAGGGUGUGUGACAUCUGCUUCGAUGUACUGACUCUGGGCGGGGUGUCGUAAUGCUGAGGCCAGCAUCAUCUUCAUCCUACGGCUCUGGCCAUUGCCAUCCCCAACUUGGCACAGCUUUUCAGAAGCACCAGGAGAAGGGAAGUCAGAAGCAGGACAUACUAAAGACCAUCAUCUUUAUACUAUUCCAGUCUACAACAGUCUAUUAAUCUUGUAGAGGGACAUUUCAAAUAGAAAGUGAAACAUUGUCUUAUUGUUUGUUUCGAUCAAAGUAUCUCAACGCGGAUGUAAGCAGCUGUCCAGCUUGGUGACAGCUGGAAUGAGUUUCUUCAUUUUCUAAUAACAUGUUUCUGAUUAGCUCCUUUAUCACAGGCAGGUGGCUGUUGUAAUGACAUUUCAGUCCAGUGAUAUCACCUGUAGAUGGGGUUUAAUUUCUCUGUGGUGGGUUAUUUUACCAUCAGUUGGAUUCAUGCUGAUCCAUCCAGACAAAAAUGAUGUACUACAAAAUUAAUCU